AUUUAGAAAACACUUGGUUACAGUCAUGCUACCCCAAAGUUUUUAGUCGUUGUGUGCUUGGAGACACUUGUGCUUGUGGAUGAAUAAAAUGAACCGUUAAUGAAAUUGUUUGGACUGCAGCCAUAAUCAUCUUAAAGAGUAAUUCUGCCUGAGGCUGGUACCAUGGAUCUUGUUCUGUCGUUUGGAAAAAUCGCAAAUAAUGAUCCGUUUAACUUUCUUUUCUUUGGUUUUAUAAGGCUACAUCCAGAGGGUAAACAUGUUAUUUAGCCAGCACAGGUAUUGCGAAAUGGAAGAUAGGAAGAAGGUGAAAUUUAAAUGGUUAAAAUCGGCGUUAUGGUCACCUACUAAAUACAGGAAGAACAGCAUGGGAGUAGCUACACCAACCCUUUGGCACCGUGACCCCAAUGAAGAAGCCUGCUCAGAUUCCCUGAACGUGUCAAAGGGCUCCACAGACUCGAAUGAACUGGAGAACUUGGACAUUCCAAGGAGGCCUUUCCCAUCAGCAGAUAAACGGAAGGCUUCUAGCUGCCCACCUGUAAAGACUCCAGUCAGGAGGAGGAGAGGUCGGAAAGACCGUAGGAAGCUAUUUCACAGGGAAAGCAAGGUUUUUUCCCCUCUUCAAGAAGCUGAGGUGGACAACCCAUGCACCUUGAACGAAUCCUUGAAAUCCUUAGAGAGAAAGGUUUUAAAAUCUCCUCCUAGUGGUGAGAACCACAAAAGCAGGAGUCCAGGGGGUGGUUCCAAAACAAUAUACACUAAGGCUCUGACAGCUGCCAUUGUGGGAGGUGUGAAGAAGCCAAUGGAAGUUGAAUACUGUGCAGAGAGAAGCUCCUCUACAGCACUAAGGCCCCAAGAUGGAGAGUUAUCCCUGGACACCAGUGAGGAAAUGCCUGAUCUUGAGCUUGCCCACGGCAUGCAUUUUGAUCACUCCUUAACAAACAAAAUGGAGUCUCCUGUGGGUGAGCACGUUGAAGACCACGACACCUUAGAGUACAUUGACACAGACCAGCAAAAUGACAUGGUUUUGGCUGGGAAGGACACAAGGAAAAUAAUUUUGAAAGAGGACUUUGAGGAGCCAGAUUGGUCUGACGUGGAUGACCCGGUGGAGGUUCAAACCUUUUCCCAGGAUGAGGAAUGGGUCACAAGCACUCAAUCAAAUGAGCACUGCUGUGAUGAUAUACUUCCGCCCCUCGAAUAUGUGGCCAAGCCCCUGCCUCACUUCAUGAUGCUCCACAAACCAUCAGAAACAUGGAGUGGUGGAGUCCAGCCACCCUGCAACCCCUUGGCAUCAAGCAGAUUUAUUAGAGAACCUAGUGACCCCUCUCUAAACACAUGGAGAGAACAAGUCCAGUCUCCCUGCUGUCCCUCUCCAAACACAUUGGAUUCCACCAGUCAGUUAUCCUUCAGCUACUCUCCAAAUGUGUGGAGCAGUGGUGGAUUCUAUUCCCUGUGUGACAUCUCACCAGAAACAUGGAGUGCCGGAGUCCAGUUUCCUUCUCCAAACACAUUUCAAAGUGUCCAGACCUCAGGUAUGUCCUCUGUGAUGAGUACAGCUGGCAGCCAACAGUGCCAAGGUAAUGUAAAUCAGGCUUCUGACCCUUUUGCUCUGCCAGUCUACAGCAACAAAUCUAGCUCCAGCUCACAUUCAUUCCAGUCCAGGGUCCCCCUCUACAGCAUGUUCCCCAGCUCAUCACUCCCUCCGUCCGACGGAAAGUCAAGGAGGUACUCGGACUCUGGCCUUGCUCACUUUCAGCCGUUUAGGGAUUCCACACAGGAACGGACCAGACGGGUGUCCCUGGAGGCGGAGCCUCUCUGGGCACCUCCUACUCCUGGCUUGAGGGAGGGGCAGAUGGGAUUCAUUGACACCCACUGUCACCUGGACAUGCUGUACGGCAAGCUGGGCUUCCAUGGGACCUUCUCCCGCUUCCGCAGCCUCCACCAGAGCUCUUUCCCGCCCGAGUUCCAUGGCUGCAUCGCGGACUUCUGCAACCCGCGGAUCAUGGUGAAGGACUGGAUCUGGGAGAGCCUUCUGAAGGAGGAGCUGGUUUGGGGCGCCUUCGGUUGCCACCCACACUUCGCCAAGGAGUACAAUGAAGUCCACGAGCGCAGCAUCCUGGCAGCCAUGCGUCACCCCAAGGCUAUUGCGUUUGGUGAGAUCGGACUGGAUUACUCCUACAAGUGCACCACGGACGUCGUUACUCAGAAGCAGGUGUUUGAGCGUCAGCUCCGCCUGGGUGUGGAGAUGAGGAAGCCUCUGGUGAUACACUGCAGAGAUGCGGACGAAGACCUUUUACAAAUUAUGAAAAAGGAGGUGCCAAGGGACUAUAAAAUACACAGGCACUGUUUCACAAACAACUAUGAGGUUAUUGAGCCAUUCCUCCAGGAAUUCCCCAAUCUGUCAGUGGGGUUCACCGCCCUGAUCACCUACCCCAGAGCUGUGGAAGCCAAGGAGGCAGUCAGGAGAAUACCCCUCGACAGAAUUGUGGUUGAGACUGAUGCCCCGUACUUUCUCCCAAGACAGGUCUCUAAGACUGUUAGCAGGUUUUCACAUCCAGGCCUGGCUAUCCACACACUACGAGAAAUCAGCAUCCUGAAGGGAGAGCCCCUCUCCACCGUCUUCGCCACUCUGAGAAGCACUACUGCACGGCUGUAUGGCCUGUAACCACCGCCCCACUGUGUGCCUGCUAGUAACAUUCUAACCAUGCUCACUGCACAGUCCACCACAUGCAAAAUGUGUAAACCAUAGAGACCUUGCUCUGUCCCUGCUGUAGUAGCUUGCAGAGGAGACGUGACGUUUAUAUUUUUGUAUCAACUAGUUUGGGUCUGUAGUCGCCCGAGGAAUACCAGUAUUGCAUAACAGCCGCUGCCUGUACAAUAUGUUCCCAGGGGGCAUUGCAAAUGGAUACAAAACUGCAGUGGCAAUUCUAAGUUUGAAGGCUAUUGAAUGUUAUUGAUUUGUACAUAUUCUCAAACUUCAAAGGCAUUAGAUGCCAACCUGUUUUGCCAGUUUAUUAGUUGUGAAAAUAGAUGAAAAUAACAAAACAUUUGCAGUACUCGCAAAUGACAUUUUAUUUGUAGUUUCAUUUUGUGUAUUUUCUUAAUCUGUUGAAAACAGAAAUACUUGUGCAUUAGGUGGCAUAAGAUGUCUAGUUAUGUUUUCUUUCUCUGUUCUGUCGGUUCAGACUGGUUUCAGUGUGUUUCACUUAGUAGUAUUAGUUUGUGUUCCCUUCACGCGGCAUUUUCAUGUGGUUUCGUGCACCUUGUUCUUUUGCUGUACAUUUUGAUUAGUGUUCAUUCCUUCAAUUCAACAAUUUAAUAUACAAGUCUUUAAGACCACAUUCCACACAGUUACGAUGAAGUAUCUUAUUGCGUUUUUCCGGUAUUCCCCCCCCCGUCUAAUUAAAAAUGUUUUUAAUGGACUCUGUGUUCUCAGAACGCUCAGUUGUUUUCCCGUUAUUCCUCAUUAAUUCUUGCUAUGGCUGCUGGAGUUCAACUAACCCACGCACCAAAGUUUUAUUACAUUUCAUCCAGAAACUAAAUUUAAUUGUGUUAAAAUAGAUCAGAACAGUGUCCAGAAUUUUCAGGUUCAUCGGGCACCAUGAGGUGAAAUGUGGAUGGCACUGUGUUCCCUCCCAGUGCAGAUCCAUUAGAACAGGAGAGCACUAGCAAAAACCCGUUGUCAGUGCUUUGGUUUGCAGUGCUUUGAAAAUAAGGAACUGGGAAAAGCUGUUAGUGUUUUGAGUGUAUAAGGAUAGCGGGGUAGUGAGAAAACGUGUGUUUUCUGUUUCACAGCAUCUUUAGUUCCUCAGAAUAACAGCUCUACAACGAGAACAAGCCUCUGACUGACGUGGGUGCUCUGUGAGAUAGAAGAGAGGCUUUUAGGCAUGUUUAAUAUGUUUUCUUUCCUCUUCAUCCUGUGUAGCUCAUGACCUACUUUUUUAGCAGGUAUAUUUUCCUUUGAAGCAAUCUCUUUUACAUGGCCUCAAGUGUAUCAGUGUCGUCUUUCAAGAAGUAACAGGAUGGGCUUGCGAGUGGCUCAUUUGGCAAAAGACUUGUACAUCUGGGGAAGAAUGAAAAAAUGCGCACUAACAUUGAUUUGCAGUUUAUGGGUACCUUUAUAAAGGCUGCAUGAUGUUCCUCGGCAUAGGUUAAGCUUGUUUUUAAUUAGUCUUGCCCUGAUGUAGAUGCAAGGCUUGUUACUUUCCGCAAAAAGUGCUUUGAAGUCUUUUGUGUAUCUCACCACUCUUGUUACUACAGCUGUGCUUUUGGCCAGCUGUCUGAUUUAACUUUAUACAACCUUAUUUUUUGUUCCACUUUGCUUUGUUUUCUACCGUUUUGAGUCUUUUAAAUAUAUGGACCCUUCACUUCC